AUGGCUAUACAAACAUGUUCACAGCGUCCACCACGAGUAAGUGUCUAUGACAGAACAAAUCCUUGCAGGUACGCCACACCCUUUGGUUUAACUUCUGAAUAUGCCCACCCAGCUGAAAUUUUGUUCCUGGGAUUCGCCACAGUUGUUGGUCCUGCUCUUACUGGCCCUCAUCUGUUCACCUUGUGGCUGUGGAUGGUGUUGAGGGUAUUGGAGACAGUUGAAGCUCACAGCGGCUAUCACUUCCCAUGGAGCCCAUCAAAUUUCCUGCCACUGUAUGGCGGCUCGGACUUCCAUGACCACCAUCACUGUGUGCUGUACACAAAGUCAGGGAACUAUGCCUCGACAUUUGUUUACAUGGACUGGUUGUUCGGGACGGACAAGGAUUAUCGCAAGGCAAAGACCAUUGAGGAAAAGAAGGAAGAAUCUGUAGAUUGUGGAAGCUGCUUAGUGAAGACAUCAGCAAGACUGGCGAUAGAGUUGCGCUCACGGAAAAGGAGAUGGAUGCACCCUAGAAACAGUCAGUCAGUUAUUGCCUUGACGAUCGAUACUAUAGGUUGA